GGUGAGGUCAUGCGGCACAACAUGGAGACAGGUAAAGGUGAGACAUUGAGGCCUGGGAGGACCAAUGACUGACUUCUGCCAAGCAAAGCUCCACUGGCAGUGAGGAGGGACUCCAGCCCAAUGAUCCAUUCUAAUCAGCAGACUUUCAACUCAACAAAAAGACCUGAGCCACUAUUAUACAUCAUCUGUUUUUGUGAGACUCUCUUCCGAACAAUGCACAUAAGGAUACACAUUGCUCUGCCACUUCUUGGAUAAUAGAAUUUAUUUAUCAGCUGAUUCAUGAAAUGAUUAUAAUUAUGUCAGAGUCCUUUGGAUCGAUUUACUCUGUUAAGACGAGUCACAAUAUGGCUUGUAAUCUAAAGUGAACAAUGCUGGAUCCAUAGCGGCUUCUUCCUGCUCCACUGCAGCACUGUAAUCCUCGUGACUGGUAUUGACCCACCGGACCUCUAGUUUUCCCACUCCACCCUCCUUCCCUUUAGAAGCUCAGGCCCUGGAUGAGGGUUAGAGGGGAGGUCGGCACUUUGCCAUGGCUCAUUUGUCUGACACGGCACGCAAAGACAUGACGAAUGGGGCUCAUCCCAGUGCCCAGCCAGGGCCCUCGGGCACUUCUACUCUACCACGCUACCUGCACAGAAAGCAGCAGCGCCAGAGAGGAGUGAGAUCUUCCUCUCCUAUGGGCAGGGUCAUCCUCAUCAAUGCACCUGUCGAUGGUGGGGAUGACAGUGAAGACAUCCACACAAUUACUGUGGACAAAAGUGAGGAUGGCAGGCUGGGCUUCAGUGUGCGGGGAGGCUCUGAACAUGGCCUGGGAAUCUUUGUCAGCAAGGUGGAGGAUGACAGCUCUGCAGAGUUGGCAGGCCUGUGUGUUGGGGAUAAGCUGGUCGAGGUGAAUGGUAUAAGUCUGGAGAGCAUCACCAUGAGCAGUGCAGUAAAAGUCCUGACAGGAAACAAUCGUCUGCGCAUGGUAGUAAGACGUGUGGGGAAGGUGCCUGGUAUCCGCUAUUCAAAAGAGAAGACUACAUGGCUGGACCCUGGUGGCCUGGCAGAGCAAAAUGGAAUUAAAAUGGGGGAUCAAAUUCUGGCAGCCAAUGGAGUGAGUUUUGAGGACAUCACACACAGCAAUGCAGUAGAAGUGCUAAAGAGUCACACUCACGUGAUGCUGACUAUCAAGGAGGCUGGCCGAUAUCCUGCUUACAAGGAGAUGGUGGCGGAGUACAGCUGGCUUAAUAAAUUGGCUAAUGGAGACCAGCCCUCUUCCUCCCAGGGUUCAGACUCCUACUCCUCCACUUCCUCUCUCUCCUCUGGGACGCCGGUCAGCUCUCUCAGUGGCCUCUCGCAGGUCAUGUUCCCUCCUAUAUUUGGCUCAGAGAUGGUGGAUGUCUGUAUCUCCACCGAGGACCGCUCACGCCGGCCCAGCUCUGAACGGAUAGAGACCGCCAUGCAGACUGACCCGCUGGAACCUGACACCACAUCAAAAUCUAGUAGGGUCAUAAACACAGAAACCAGCCGAACGGUUGGUGAAACUGUCCUGUUAAAAGACACAGUGAUCCGCAGUGGGACUGCCAAAUCUCGGACAAGGACCUUCUCUGCUGGGGAUAAAGAGACUCUGGACUCUCCUAAAACGGCAGUCCUGAUGGCUCUCAGCAAGCCUCGGAAACCCAUCCGCCGAUCCCAGAGUCACAUCACUGUGUCAGAGGACAAGCAGAAGAAAAAGAAGCAUCAAAAGGACAAGGUAGAGAUGGAGGGAAACACCCUGCAGCGCUCCAAAACCUUUGUCAGCUUGCUCUUUAAAAGCGGACGCAGGAGGGAAAGGUCGUCCUCCAAAGACAGGAAGGACAAAGGGACAGGGGACGGACACAGAGGAAGAUCCAAAUCCCCGAAACAUUUAGAUAACGAACCGGGUAAAGAGCGGGGUCGACCCAUAAUUAACCUGUUGAGUUCUCCCAGAGAGACUCGUGCUGGUAUGAGGGAGCACAGCCCCAUCCCCAGCCCAGAGACCAUGGCCAUGUUGGAGGAUAUGGCCUGCAAGCUGCUCAACGCGGAUGAGGUGGCGGCUGUCAUGAGACACUGUAAAAGGUUUCUAGUUGAGCGUGUGGUUGAGGAUCUGGUGCGCCCCCUGCUGGCCAUCUUGGACAAGCCUGAGAAGCUUCUGCUGCUGAGGGAGGUUAGAAUGAUCAUCCCUCCCACAGAUCUGGGCCGUUUUGACAGUAUGGUUUUGCCCUUUGAGCUUGAAACCUAUGACAUACUAAAAAAACGCUCUGUAAGGUCUCCUGUCCUGCGUUCUCCUCGUCAUGGUGGAACACCCCGUCGCCAUCUAAUAACUCCCAUCCCAGAUUAUCGGGGUGGAUUCCACCUUCAGCCGGUACAGGAUCUGGAGAGAGAACGGCAGCUCAUCAAAGAUCUGGAACGGAUGCGUUUGGCAGGUUUACCGACUGGACGGCUUCCUCCUCCUCGAGCUUUCACACCACUCUUGGAUGUACCAGUGGACACUUACAUCACAGACUCGCUCCGUAAUCAUUCACUGAGUCCUGCUCGGCCCAGCUGGACACACUCAGAGUCUCCUCACGGCACGGAACGCAUCGGACGCUCCCCCCAGAGAAGAGACAACGGUGUCCUCAGGACAUCACACCAUGACUCUUUAUCCAGCAGGGGUGAUUCUAUCCCAGUGCGAGGGAGAUCCCCUUAUAGGAAUGGUCAUCGAAUGAAAACAGACAAAUCCCAGAAUGGUAAAGAGGUAAAGCAUACCGUAAUGAGUGCACACCGCCGGAGUAGGACACCAUUGACCCAGGUUUUUGCGCCCAGCUCGGAUCAGGACUGGAAAGAACCAGUGAAUGGACAUUCAGACAGCCAAGAAACCCCACCAGAGCAGGAGUAUGAACUAACCACAGUUACUAUCUCUAAGACCAAACAGUCCCUUGGAAUAAGCAUCUCAGGUGGGAUUGAGUCAAAGGUGCAGCCAAUGGUGAAGAUAGAGAAGAUCUUUCCAGGAGGAGCAGCAUCUACUAGUAAUGUUCUGAAGGAGAUCUGGUGUCAGGCUCAAAACCCCUCAGUUGCCAAGAACAUCCACUCAUCUCUGGCCUCCAGCUGGACUUGCCGCGAGAGGCUCUUCAGAACGGCUAUCUUCACUGAGCUCUGCAGAUUAACAGGCCUGCAGAGGGAAAGUGUGGAGCGCCCUGUUGACAUGCUUCCUGUUCCUGUUGUCUAA